AUUGAAGUAAUCUUCAUCACCAAAGACACAGAGUUUCAAAUAAAGUUGUCUGAUGAUGAGAUUGCAAGUGAGGUGGAGAUUGAAUCAAAGAUUAUUGCAGAGUUAGUAAAAAGGCAUGAUGAGUGGAUUAAAAAUUCCUAA